UUUCAGUAAAGUUUAUUUUUGGUUUAAAAUGUCUAUAGAAGUAAACGUAAUUUUCUUUUCUUUAAGGACACGUCAGAUUUCAGUUAAAGAUUUGUUAUUGUUAUAUGUUGAAGUAACCAGAGUUAGAAAGUAGAACAUUACGCUAUAGUAUUUUAGGAAAUGUAAGCGAUUUCAACAACAAUAUCGAGCAAUGGAUAUCCCUUAUAGAAAGAUUUUGAUAUAUGUUUUAACUUUCGUUGCCUACGCUUACACGGGUGUGGGAUCGAAUAUAUUACGAAAUCUAAAAGAUGCAGUUUUAUCAGCCGAAUCAGUGUUUGGGGACAUGUUUCGUAAUGUAAUAACAGUGGCUGAUAAAUUUCGUUCUUUGCAUGAUGUAUUCGAUGCGGCGGUGGAGGAGGAUUGUAUUUUUACUUGUCCUGGUGGACAGAAGCCAGUUCGCAACAAAAACCACAUACCUAAAUCCGAUGGAUGUGGUUCUUUAGGAUUUGAUAUAUCUUCAGAAUAUUUACCAAUUGAAGAGAUGACAAAAUGUUGUGACGCUCAUGACAUCUGUUACGACACUUGUAACAGUGGUAAAGAAAUAUGCGAUUUAGAAUUCAAGAGGUGUUUGUAUAAUUAUUGUGAAACAUACAAAACUGUAAACAUUGGAGGAGACGCUAUAACAAAAGGUUGUAAAGGUGCAGCAAAACUAUUAUUUACUGGCACUCUAACUCUUGGCUGUAAAUCAUAUUUGGAUGCCCAAAAGAAUGCAUGCUAUUGUCCUCCUACAAAGAACAACAAAUAUAAAAAAUAUACAACUGGCGAUGGAGAACUUUAAUUAUAAUUUUUGUCAUGGGUUUUUACUGUAGUAGUUACUACAGUUUAAAAAAAACAAAAACCUAUCUAUCCAAUGAACAUGUUUCUUAAGUUUUAACUGAAAAAUCCAAAUGUUCAGUUAAAAUGUAUGCUAAUGGCAUUAUUAGUUAGACUGUGCAUUUCUUGAUUUUGUUUUCAUUAUAACAAAACAGUCUGACCAUGUAGCACCUGUGCGGUUUCAACUUAAGGGGUGUAGCUGGCUUUAUGAAAUUUCUUAUAAAUGUAAGUCUUCAUUGGAUGUUGAUUAAUGUUUUUAGUAAAAAUGUGUUGUUAGGGGGAAUCCUCAUUAAGUCACUUGGAAACUUGUAUAGUAUUAAGCAACUUGUGAUGCUCUCAUUGUUUUGUUUAUUAUAAAAUACAAAAUUGUAUAUAACUUUAGUUUGUGUUUAU